UUGAAUGAGUUAAAAUGUAAAAUGAUUUUUUAAAUUGUAAGUGCCGUAAAUUUAAUUUUUAUAUUUAGUCUCUUUUAUCUGGGAUUAAGUAUUGAAGUAAUAAGAUUUCAAGAUGGUCAUGAAUAUAUUAUUGGACAGCACGAAAAAGAAGACGAGGAGCUUUUAUUUACAACAUACGACUUAACUAAAAUGCCUUGUGAAUCUUUCCAACACUACACAUGUACAAAUAACAAGACACACUUUACGGUGAAUUUUGAAGCGAAGAACGGUGCAGCCUGUAUUUCGUCGAUUAAAUUAUUUUCUUUUCCAAAAGAUAAAACCACAAAGAAACCAACGAAAAGUACAAUCUAUUGUCAAAGGGGAGGAAUUGGUUUAUCUUACUGUUUAUUAGUAUUCAAAAAGAAUGAAGAUCGUAGAGAUGCUAGAGUUGAAAUUUACGGUAUUCCAUCUAGUAAGAAUUGCUUAUUAAAAGAACGCUAUAUUGGACCUAAUCCAAAACUUAUUGAUCCCUAUGGUAUUCCUUAUAAAUUUGAUAAGAAAGACAACUGGAAUGUGGAACGAACUGAAAUUUCAAAAUUUACAGACUCCAAAGGUAAUAGUUUCUACUGCAAGGAUGGUCUAUUUAAUACACAAAUAACGUAUCUAGCAAAAGAUGAUAAGUUUUCGGUUGUACGUGAUAUCGUUGUUAAGGACAAAAAAAAGUUCUCAUUGCACUUCUCAAACUACAAAGAAUAUAGAAUUAGUUUCUUAGAUAUCUAUUGGUUUCAAGAAACACUAAAUGAUGCAGCACCAAAGUUCCCCUAUAUUCACUACAAUGGACCAUGUGAGAAGAAGAAUCAAACUUGUGAACUAAUUUUUGAAACUAAAGAACCUAUAACGUAUGCUUUUGUAAAGGUUUUUAUCAAUAUUGCUUACAAUACACCUAGAGUUAGAGGAAGGAACUCAGGACGGGGUUAACAUUUUAUUAAAAGGUGAAUUAAAAAUGAAAGAAUAAAUAAAUAUUCUUUUAUGAAAAUA